CAGCGUCGCGGCCGACUGGGGGUGGCGCCACAGGUCCUCCGCCUGCCGUGCCGACGGGCAGGGGCCGGGGGCCGAUCCUGCGCCGCAGGUUGCAAUCAGCAGGAGCCGUCCACACGGCGGGUGCGCUGUGAGCAGAGCCCGGGCCGCGGCUGCUGGGAAGCCCCGGGGUUCCAGGGCGGGCAGAGGGCAAGGAGCCCUGUGACCAGACGCCAGCUGGCUCCCGGGGAGCCCCGCAGGCUGACUCACCAAGAUCGUCACUAUGACCGAUGGGGACUAUGAUUAUCUGAUCAAACUCCUGGCCCUUGGAGAUUCAGGGGUGGGGAAGACAACAUUUCUUUAUCGAUACACAGACAAUAAAUUCAAUCCUAAAUUCAUCACGACAGUAGGAAUAGACUUCCGGGAAAAACGUGUGGUUUAUGAUGCACAGGGACCAAAUGGAUCAUCGGGGAAAACAUUUAAGGUGCACCUUCAGCUCUGGGACACCGCAGGACAAGAGCGAUUCCGGAGCCUCACCACUGCAUUUUUCAGAGAUGCCAUGGGUUUCUUAUUAAUGUUUGACCUCACCAGUCAACAGAGCUUCUUAAAUGUCAGGAACUGGAUGAGCCAACUGCAAGCAAACGCUUACUGUGAAAAUCCAGAUAUAGUAUUGAUUGGCAACAAGGCAGACCUGCCAGAACAGAGAGAAGUCAAUGAACGGCAAGCCCAGGAGCUGGCUGACAAAUACGGCACACCGUAUUUUGAAACAAGCGCAGCGACAGGCCAAAAUGUGGAAAAAGCUGUGGAAACCCUUCUGGACUUAAUAAUGAAGCGAAUGGAGCAGUGUGUAGAGAAGACACAAAUUCCCGAGACUGUCAACGGUGGAAACUCCGGAAAGCUAGAAGGGGAAAAACCGGCAGAGAAGAAAUGUGCCUGCUAGACUGUGCACAGGAACCGGUCAUCAAGAACCCCGCCCCAACAGUGCUUCCAAAGGCCGUGACAAACCACAGAGUCGCUGUUGCGUAGACCAUACAUAACGGCAUGUCUUUGUUUUUCGGACAGAAAUCUAUUAUAAGAAACCGGAAUAGUCAACAGUGUUCAAAAGAAUUGGCCAGGUGUCCCUGGGGCCCCUCCAACGAGAUCAGAGGUCUCCUAAUGUGACCUCACCAUUGUGAUGCUCAGUUUGUUUUUCUUGUAAAGACAAGUAUAUAAGAAAGUACAUGAGAUAAAAUGGCAGGGAGUUUUAAAACAGAACAGAAAUGACCAUGACAUAUUGGGAAAAGGGAUCAUUUACAAAGGGAGAACAAAGAAAGAUGAUUUUUUUCCAAAAGAUUAGAUUUACUUCUCCCAUAGAGUCUAAUUCAUACAUUUAGGUUUACUUUGGGUGAAACAUAUAUUAGCUGGAAAUGGAUGCACAAUAAAGAAUUCUAAAUAGGUCACUGACAAUGACAUUGUUAGGUACACCCAACAGGCGGUACCAAGGUGACUAACUUACUGGGAUAGUUUUGAGAAGAUGAAGGUCAGACUUCUGCUGAAAUGGGUAGUAAUGCCAUUUUUUAUAUUCUUAAUAGAGAGACAAGAUAGACGGAUAGACAAGAACAGGACUGUGAAACAAAGUACAAGAGGAAUUCCCUGGGAGAGAAAUGCAAGUAUGGGAACAUGGCAUUUGGACAAAUGAAAUUAAAUGUAUCUGGUACAGAUGUCUGGAAGAGUUACUUAGGCAAAUUUCAUGCAAGCCUAUUAGAAGUUGACCUUAUCAGUUGGGAUUAAGAGACUCUCCAGAGAUUCCCAUUUCAAACAAACUUUUAAAAAUAAGUUCACUCUUCAGCUUCAUAUUUCAUCUUACUUAGCGAAUGGUGAUAGUCACAAAGAGAAAGUAAAGAUUGCUGUGUAUUAAAUAUUUCUUUAAAAAGGCCACCAGGAAAAACUAUUUCACCUAAAAUAUUUUUAGAUUAAAAUAUGCUGGUGAUAUGAAACAAAAAGUGACUAUUAAUUGUGGGUUUCUUUUUCAUUUACAAAAGCUCUGGAGACGCUAAACUGCAUUUUUCCACUUCAACCCACCUCCAAACCUGGCUUUGAAUCGAUUGUAAAUACACAGGUGUAUCCCUUUGUAGAUCAAUGACAUCAAAAUAAUGAUGGAUCAAUUUUAUGGUCACUCUAGAUUUUCGUGUUAUUAAUCGCAUAGAUAUCGAUACCUCAUGCUAUAUUACAGUAUGUUUAGCAUUUGCUUUUAUUUUACCUAAAGCAAAAUAUGCAUGGUUGAACUCUUUUUGGGAGUUGGACAGAGAUGGAGCUGUAUCUUAUCUCACCAAAAAUUUGGCUAAUCAAUUUUUUUUUCACAUAAAGCUGCUUUUUCUUUCUAAAGAUGAUCACAAAAGUGUUUUCAAUUGGCCUAUUGUUGUGCCUAAACAAAUAUUACAUUAAUUUUUUAUCUUAGUUUCUGAUAAACAUAAGCAAUUCUUACUCAACUAUUCUUUAAAUAUUUCAGUCAAUUCUACCAAUAACAAAGGCAUCACACUUCAAGUUUUCUCUUUUUAUCAUGCAUAUAUGACUUUUCGUAUAUGAUCUUCCUACAGAAUUUUGUCAAUUAAACUUCAUUUUUCCAUACUCUGUGCAUAUUGUUAAGUUAUGAGCAUUGGAAACCCUAAAUUCCAGCUCACCCCCUUAACUUCUCCUUACCAACCCAUAUCUGGUAUUGAAUCCAUUUUAGGAACACAGAUCCACAGGAUUGUCUAUAAUAUUCUUCGGCUGUACUAGACCCAGAAAUGUGCCAUGAAUUAAGGCAAUUUGGGAGCUUUGAUGGGGUUAGCCCCUUGUGAAUUUCUCAGUGUUAAGUGCUCAGUUCCUCUGAUUCCUACAGCAUGAUGCCAGCUUCUGAGCUCCAUCGUGGGUAUUUCCUCCAAUGGCGUUUUCCUCUGUGUUGCUCUUCAUGACCUCAGUGUCUGGAGUCAUGAAGCGAGAAAGCUACUAGCUAAUGUGCUUUGUUUGGAAGGAAAGUGAACACAGUAUAACCAGUGCUGUGGCAAAAUCUGGUGUGCUUUGUGGUCAUUGUAUCAACUUCUUUGCAUUCAGAUUGAUGCCCCUUUUGUAUUUCCUUAACAGGGAAUGUUUAGCUUUCUAAAAUCCUAAAGGUAUUCUAUUUGGGAAUAUGUCUUUCUGUGUCUCGUCAUUUUCCAGUUGUAUGAUCAAUUUACUUAUGCCAAAAUUGUGUCACUGCCGGUAUUUAACAAGCAUUUACUCAGGGUCUAUUUUAAGAUCAUUAUUUGAUAGCUGUAGCAUGAAGCAGAGGGUGAUAAUGCCUAGAAUUAUAGAAGUGUGACUAUAAAAUUAACAAUUAUUGGGUAAUAAUUUCAAGAGGAGUGAAUUUUAAAACAGACAAGAGAAUUAAUUUAAAAUAGUAUUUACUACUUAUAAAGACCUCGUCUAAAAAAAUAUUUUCUCUGUCAAGGUUGACCUCUGACCCCAAAUUCUGGGUAACCAUUGAGAAAUUCUUUCACUCUUUAUUCUAGAGGUAAUCAAUCCAUAGAAUUCAUCUUAACAAUUUCAAACUGAUUUGAGGCCUUGAAGUAAGCGUACAGACUGCUCUAAAGAACUGCACACCUCUUUAAUCUACAAUGGCAUGUAUUUUUAGCCCAAGAUAUCUCCUGUUACUUAUUAUUUCCCAAUGCUUUAGGAAACCAUAUUGUAUUUUGGAGAAAUAUUUAAAAUGGACAUGAAAUUCCUUUCUGUGACCAAAUUUGUCUCCAACGGCCUUGCUCAUUUCCCACGUCAUGAUGCAGGAAGGCGUCACAGAGACACUAAAACAAAGGUAUUCUGAUGUCUUCAGCAAAGGUUAGAAGGAUGUUACUGGAAUAUGUAGUUUAUUUUCACUGUCUCCUGGUCUCCAGAUUCACUUCGCAUGGAGUGGGCACUGCUUGAGACUGUAAUUAUAUACAUGUUUACCCUUCAACGUGAAAGAAAAAAAUCCUCUGAAAAAUGUAUCAAAAAUAGUUGAGAGGGCAUGUUUGUCUUGGGAUCACAAGGGUAACAAGUCACAAAUUGGCAGAGGAAAUCUUAGAUGGUGGGAAGUGAGCUUGUUGGUCUCUAUAUAAGAACUUCAAAAUUUUGGCAAGUUCCACUUUAAGCCAAUUUUCUAUCAUUUCCAUACUAUCAGCUAUCUUACUGCAAAAAACUCAAAACCAGAGUUUUCUACAGUAAUGGUUUCUACUGUUAUUUUUAACUAGAUUGAUCAGACAUCCAUGGGUGUCUUUGUUAUGCUUCUAGUAUGAGUUAUUCUCUACCAACCUGUACGAUGGGAAGAACUGGGCAAGAGUUUUAAUCAGCUCUUUCUUGUCUCCUUUAUAAGAGAGAGAAGCUUGGCCAUAGAGAAGACUGUGACUACACUGAAAAGUAAUUUAAUAACAGCCUACAUACUCUUUAAACUGUAAAUUGAGUCCAUGGGGAAUCAUUUGAUGAAACUCAUCUAUUCUCACCAAAGGACUGAGAGUAGCAGUUAGAAAACAAGAAGCAGUGUGUGUAAUAGACACAGUGCGUACCUAGGGGUCAUGUAUAAACUGGAACCUUGUGUCCAUGAAACAAGAUUGUUCACUGUUCUAUAUGUCUGUUCACUUAAAAAACCCAAUGUGUAUUACAUUGAAUCGCUGAAGGGAAGUUCUCAUCCAUAAAGAAUUUUGCAGUUGUAAUCUAAAACUCAUGUAAAGAGAUAAUAAUUGAAGUUUCUGGUUCCCUAAGAUACUUAAUAACUUUAAAAAAGGAAGGUCUGAGAGCUGAUGUUAGCCAAAGUGAUAAAAAGUCAUCUUUCACCCUCUACUGCCAAGCUUUAAAGUAUUAAAAAGAAAUAUAGUAUAUUUGAAUAUUAUAGGGAAAGCUUUAUCAUUUAUAAAGAUGCCAAGAUGCUGUCUAUACUUGAAAAGUUUGUCUAAGAACUCAUCAAAAGCUGUAUUUUCUUGAUCUUUGACCAAAAUUAUAGAUGCUUAUUUCUGGAAUAGUGCUAGCUCUUGAACAUGGAAAGUAGUUAUAGAAUAUUAUCUGAGAUAAGGUUGUCUCAAUGCUUUAUAAAUCCAUGGGGAUACUUGCCUCAUAAAAUAGAACUGAUAAAAAUAAUUGUUAGAUAUAUAAGGAAUUUUAUAAAUUCAUUGAUUUAGAAUUGGGUAGAGACCCAACCAAGAUGACAUUGCUGAGCAAGAACUAUAAAGAAAGAUUAGAUUUAAAGGCUAAGUAGAGUUCUUAAAAUGACAGAACAUGGAGAUGGCCAUACUUAAGAGGUUGAUUUUUUUAGGUAGGAAAAAGAAAUGACUUAGUAACAGAAAAAGUUUUUGUAACUAGGUGCAUGACAAAUAUUUAUCCAUCAUUUUUAUCUACCAAGUAGAAGUUCAUGCUUUUAGAACUAAGCUAAAAAAAUAAACACCAAAUAUUUCAUUAUUGGCAUCAAAUUUUGAGAAACUUAAAAACAUUCUGAUUGCUCCCCUAAAUCUAAUUUUCUCAGAAAUUGCACUUUGAUGGAUUUUUCAAGGAGUAGCAUCACAAAAUGUUUUUCUGUGGAGCUCUUUUUACCAACCAUCUAUAGCUGAGAUCUUUUCUCAUUUCAUAUACAGAGAGAACAAAAAGCAAACAAAACAUUAGUACCAAAAGAGUGGAUUUAAAAGGGUAUCAUCUUUUGAAGAAAAAAAACUAUGUAUAUACAAAGGAAUCAUCUUUGGAUUGUCAUUUCACUUGUUUUCCAGUUCAUUUGCUUUCCAACAGGCUAAGGAGAUUACGGCUAAUAUUUCUCCCUUAGUCUUUAAGGAUCAUUAGUAAAUUCUUUAGGAGUGGGAAUGUCUGUCCUUAACCUAAUGGACCCCUUAUUUAACCUCGGGCUCUUGUCCUAUGUCUGUUGACAUGUCCAUAUAGUGGUUGUCCCUAACAAAGUAGUAACACAUGCUUAUCUUUAUCCUCUGUUCUCUUCAGGCUAUUUUUCCAAACUCUCUUUGAGAAGAAGGCUAGCAAUGCAGAAAGGCAAGUGGCCAGAAAGAACCAUUUGGGGACCAUGUGCACGUCAUUUAAUAUCUUAGUGGCUUCUCUUUAUAUGUGCUUAUAAAUCCUGUGUGCCUCUCAGAACUCAUGAUAGGCUUACAGGAGAACAUAUACAAGAAACUGGUUUGUAAAUUAUGUUCCAUGAAUAGACACAAUUAUCACAAGCUAAGAAUAAUAAAAAAUUAGUCAUUAUUUAAACCACUUGUGAAAAGAAAUGUCAUAGCAGGAACAAAACACUAAUUUUAGUAGUGGUAUUAGGAGUUACAAAUGGUCAACUUGAGGUCAUUGUAUUUGAUUGAAAAUGUUUAAUAUAUCUCCUUAUUAAAAAAAUGAGUUCUCUUUCAUUUUGUAUGUCAUCUUAUAUUUCUUUCAAGGAGUCCAGUUACAUUCUAGAUAUCAUAUAUCAACUUGGUCAAAAUCCUCUGUGUACAACUAGGGCUUCUGUAUCUAUAGCUCUGUAAAAGAUACUGACUGCAUCUGAAAUUAUUUAAGAAAAGUUAUUCUGCUGACCGUGUUAAAAGUAGACAAUAUUCUGAUAUAACACUGAAUGAAGUGCUUCACUGUAUAUCCCAAUGGUCUACCUUUAAGCGAUAUUAUCUUCAUUUUUAGUCUAACCACAUUUGAUUGCUUUGUCUGUUAUUUACACAGGUCCCUGUUUUGUCCAGUGCUAUGAAUGUAAAUUAAAACCUUAAACAUGGAGUUUUUAUUCUGUGUGCCCCUGAAUAGACUGUGGUGCCUGACAAACACAAUUAGGUCAUUAUUUUGUUGUACUAAAGUUCUAGUGGCUUCAGAAAUCAUAGCAUCCAAUGAUUUCGUGGUGUCUGGUUUUGAAUACUAUGGUUGAGAACUGUAUUCAGUGAUUGUUUCUGCAUACUUUUCAAAUAAAAACGCAUUUUUAUCAGUUA